GGAUUUGGGAACUGAAAUUCCCAUGGAAUUCCCGAGGUUUUAGGGUUUUCCUGGAGAAUCCCGGACUUCCCAUGAGCCGUCCCUCCCCUCCACCAUUCCCAGGAGCUGCGUAGGCGGCACCAUGAGCGGCCUCGGGGACGGUGCCGGGGACGCCGCCGGCGCCGAGAGCCGCAAGCGCCGAGCGUCGCCCUGCGAGCCCCCGCACAGCUCAGAAAAGCGGCGGCGGGAGCAGGAGCAGCGCUACCUGGCCGAGCUGGCCGAGCUGCUCUCGGCCAACCUGGGCGAGCUCGACUCGCUCGGGGGCAAACCCGAGCAGGGGCACAUCCUGAAAAAAACCGUGGACCAGAUCCAGCAGAUCAAGCGCCUCGAGCAGGAGAAGACGCCGGAUGACGACGUGCAGAAAUCCGACAUCUCCUCCAGCAGCCAGGGCGUCAUCGAGAAGGAGUCGCUGGGGCCGCUCCUGCUCGAGGCCCUGGACGGGUUCUUCUUCGUGGUGAACCGCGAGGGGCGCAUCGUGUUCGUGUCGGAGAACGUGACGGGGUACCUGGGCUACGGGCAGGAGGAGCUGAUGAACUCCAGCGUGUACAGCAUCCUGCACGUGGGUGACCACGCCGAGUUCGUCAAGAACCUGCUCCCCAAAUCCCUCGUGAACGGGGUUCCGUGGCCGCAGGAGCCGUCGCGCCGGGGCAGCCACACGUUCCAGUGCCGGAUGCUGGUGCGGCCGCCGGACGAGGCCGGGGCGGAGCAGGCGGAGCUGCGGCAGCGCUACGAGGCCAUGCAGUGCUUCACCGUCAGCCAGCCCCGCGCCUUCCAGGAGGAGGGAGAAGAUUUCCAGUCGUGUCUGAUCUGCAUCGCCCGGAGGCUGCCACGCCCGGCCGCCCCCGCCCCCACCGAGUCCUUCGUCACCAAGCAGGACACCACAGGAAAGAUCAUCUCCAUUGACACAAGCUCUCUGCGCGCGGCCGGCCGGACGGGCUGGGAGGAUCUGGUGCGGAAAUGCAUCUACGCCUUCUUCCAGCCCCAGGGCCGCGAGCCCUCCUACGCCAAGCAGCUCUUUCAGGAAGUGAUGACGCGGGGCACGGCCUUCAGCCCCUCGUACCGCUUCACGCUGAGCGACGGCUCCGUGCUGAGCGCCCACACCAAGUGCAAGCUCUGCUACCCCUCGAGCCCGGAGCUGCAGCCCUUCAUCAUGGGCAUCCACGUCAUCGAGAGGGAUCACGGAAUUCUGUCCCCCCAGGACGCCCCCGCCCCGGGCCUGGCGCUUGCCAGGGUGAACCCCAGCGUGGCCCCGGCGCCGGGCAUGGCGCUGCCGCCCUCCCUGCCCGCGUCCAACGGCUCCCCCCACCCCGGGAACUUCGGGAACCCUCUGGGCUCCAGCGUUGCCUUAAGCCAGAGCGCCGGGAACGCCCACCCGCUGUCCCACGGCGGCUCCCCCAUGAACAGCCCCGGCGUGCCGGCGCCGCCGUUCCGGCACCGAGGGAGCCCCGGCUUGAUCGCCAGAUCCAGAGCUCCCUUCUCGCCGGCCGUGCACUCCCCGGCUUCCUCCUCGUCGUCAUCCUCGUCGUCGGGGAGCUCCCGACCCUUUCCCAGCUCGCCUCCGGCCAAUCCGGCGUUCCUGAGGCAGCCGAGCGCCCAGAGCUCCCCCGGCCGCGCCAAGGGCGACGCCAAGGACGCCUCCGCCGUCAUCCAGGAGAGCAGCGCGGCCGACAAAGCCUCGGAGCCGGGAAUCCCGCACGGAUCCGAGGGCGGCGGCGGCGGCGGGGACGGCAGCGCCACCAGCAGCGGGAAGUGUCCCCAGGGCACGAGCCACCGGCUGGUGCAGCUACUGGCCAGCACGGCCGAGCAGCAGCUGCGGCACCACCACGACGCCGACACCAGCUCCAAGGAUUCCUUGGCGUGCGCCGGCAUUGCCGGGAGCUCCGCGCCGGCCCCGCCGUGCCCGUCGUCGCACAGCUCGCUCACCGAGCGGCACAAGAUCCUGCACCGGCUGCUGCAGGAGGGCAGCCCCUCCGACGCCGCCGAGCCCGACAAGAAGGAGAAUUGCGGCGUCGGGAAUUCCGGCGUCGGGAGCUGCGGCGUCGGGAAUUCCGGCGUCGGGAGCUGCGGCGGCGGGAGCUGCGGGAUGGCGGAGGCGGAGAAGAAGAAGGAGAGCAAGGACCACCAGCUGCUGCGGUACCUGCUGGACAAGGACGAGAAGGAGGCGGGCGCGGCGGCGGCGGCGGCACCGGGGAUCAGCCUGGACGACGUCAAGGUCAAGGUGGAGAAGGGAGAGGCCGCAGAGGCGUGUCCGGCCCCGCCCGCCGGCGUUGCCAAAAUUCCGGCCGGGGAUGAGGUCAAGAUGGAGGCGCCGGGACAGUUCUCGGCCGAGCUGGAGCAGCUGGAUCAGCUCCUCCCUUCCCUGGACAAAGCAGCUCCGAUCGCCACCGUGUCCGGAGGAGUGUCCGGAGUGUCCGGAGUGGCCGGGAUGUCCCCCCUGCAGCCCAGCACGGCCGCCAGAGCCCCCUCAGGGCUCCCCGAGGUCGAUGUCGCCGUCCCCGACCCCGUCCUGGCCCUCGCGGAGCCGCUGCCCUGCCCGGCCUCGGCAAGGCCGACGAGUGAGCCGUGUCCCCUGGAGGAGCUGCUGCUGCCGCCGGGCAGCGCCGAGGGCCGCAGCGAGGAGAAGGCGCUGCUGGAGCAGCUCUGCACCUUCCUCAGCGGCCGCGACGACACCGAGCUGGCCGAGAUCGACCGCGCCCUCGGCAUCGACAAACUCGUGCAGCUCGUCACCUUCCUGAGAGGGAGGGACGACACCGAGCUGGGGGAGAUCGACCGCGCCCUCGGCAUCGACAAACUCGUGCAGGUGUGA